GACCUUCCCUUUAAAACUCAGGACCUUCCCUUAAAAACUCAGGACCUACCCUUUAAAACUCAGGACCUUCCCUUUAAAACACCGGACCUACCCUUUAAAACUCAGGACCUUCCCUUUAAAACACAGGACCUUCCCUUUAAAGCUCAGGACCUUCCCUUUAAAACACAUGACCUUCCCUUUAAAACACAGGACCUUCCCUUUAAAACACAGGACCUUCCCUUUAAAACACAGGACCUUCCCUUUAAAACACAGGACCUUCCCUUUAAAACACAGGACCUUCCCUUUAAAACACAGGACCUUCCCUUUAAAGCUCAGGACCUUCCCUUUAAAACACAGGACCUUCCCUUUAAAACACAGGACCUUCCCUUUAAAACACAGGACCUACCCUUUAAAACACAGGACCUUCCCUUUAAAACACAUGACCUUCCCUUUAAAACACAUGACCUUCCCUUUAAAACACAGGACCUUCCCUUUAAAACUCAGGACCUUCCCUUAAAAACUCAGGACCUACCCUUUAAAACUCAGGACCUUCCCUUUAAAACACCGGACCUACCCUUUAAAACUCAGGACCUUCCCUUUAAAACACAGGACCUUCCCUUUAAAGCUCAGGACCUUCCCUUUAAAACACAUGACCUUCCCUUUAAAACACAGGACCUUCCCUUUAAAACACAGGACCUUCCCUUUAAAACACAGGACCUUCCCUUUAAAACACAGGACCUUCCCUUUAAAACACAGGACCUUCCCUUUAAAACACAGGACCUUCCCUUUAAAGCUCAGGACCUUCCCUUUAAAACACAGGACCUACCCUUUAAAACACAGGACCUACCCUUUAAAACACAGGACUUUCCCUUUAAAACACAGGACCUUCCCUUUAAAACACAUGACCUACCCUUUAAAACACAUGACCUACCCUUUAAAACACAGGACCUACCCUUUAAAACACAGGACCUACCCUUUAAAACACAUGACCUACCCUUUAAAACACAUGACCUACCCUUUAAAACACAUGACCUACCCUUUAAAACACAGGACCUACCCUUUAAAACACAGGACCUUCCCUUUAAAACACAUGACCUACCCUUUAAAACACAUGACCUACCCUUUAAAACACAGGACCUACCCUUUAAAACACAGGACCUACCCUUUAAAACACAGGACCUACCCUUUAAAACACAUGACCUACCCUUUAAAACACAUGACCUACCCUUUAAAACACAGGACCUACCCUUUAAAACACAGGACCUUCCCUUUCAAACACAGGACCUUCGAUAUGUUUUUAAACUAAGACUUAUGUUCGUUAUGGCUGUUAGUUCAAGUAUCUAG